AUGGAGCCGAGCGCUCGAGCCCCCAGCGCCCCCCUGGAGCCCGUCCGGCGACUUGCCCCGGUCAGACCGAGCAGCGGUCUCAGAGGCGCCGCAGCGGGAGCGGGGCCGGCAGUGGCGGGCGGGCCGCGGCGCUCUCGGGCUCGAUCGGCGAGCCGGCAGCCCCCAUGCCCCGCCGCUGCCGCCCCCGCCCCCGACGGCCGGGGCAGCCGGGGCCCGCCGCGCCACGGGGCCGAGGAUGGCGGCAUGGCGCUUAGCCGGCGGAGGAGGCGCUGCCGGACCCUGGCCUGGCUGCUCCCGCUCUCGGGCACCUCAUACCUCUGCUACAGCCUGCUGCUCCUCUGCUGCGCACCUCCUCCUCCGCCGCCGCCGCCGCCCCCCGCCCAGCAGGAGCCCCCCGCCGCCGCCCGCUGCCAGCCCGCGCCCCCGGCCCCUGGCAAGAAACUUCUGCACCAGCGGCCCGCCUGCCCGGCCCCCGCCGCCGCGCCCCCGCCCGCCGCCGCCGCCCCGCCGGCUAAGCGCCUCCCGCGCGCCAUCAUCGUGGGCGUCAAGAAGGGCGGCACCCGCGCCGUGCUCGAGUUCAUCCGCGGCCACCCGGCCGUGCGCGCCCUCGGCACCGAGCCCCACUUCUUCGACCGCCACUACCAGCGCGGCCUCCACUGGUACAGGCAGCUGAUGCCACGCACGGUGGAGGGCCAGAUCACCAUCGAGAAGACCCCCAGCUACUUUGUCACCUGGGAAGCCCCCCAGCGGAUCUUCAACAUGUCGAGGGACACCAAGUUGAUUGUGGUGGUGCGCAACCCCGUGACGAGGGCCAUCUCGGACUACACACAGACCCUCUCCAAGAACCCGGACCUGCCCACCUUCGAGGGGCUCUCCUUCCAGAACCGCACCCUGGGGCUGGUGGACUCCUCCUGGAGCGCCAUCCGCAUCGGCCUCUACGUGGUCCACCUGCAGAGCUGGCUGCGCUUCUUCCCGCUCUCUCAGAUGCACUUUGUCAGCGGCGAGCGGCUCAUCACAGACCCGGCGGGGGAGGUGGGCAAGAUCCAGGACUUCCUGGGCAUCCAGCGCAUCAUCACCGAGGGGCACUUCUACUUCAACAAGACCAAGGGCUUCCCCUGCCUGAAGAGGAGCAUGGAAGGCAGCCCCCCACGCUGCCUGGGCAAGUCGAAAGGCAGAACGCACGUCCAGAUUGACCCAGAAGUCAUUGAGCAGCUGCAGGACUUCUACCGCCCCUACAAUGUCAAGUUCUACGAGACUGUCGGGCAGGACUUCCGAUGGGACUAGAGCCCCCGAGCGCCUCCACGGGGGGUUUCGGUAUCCCGCAAAGUGGGGACGGUGGGUCUUCCUGGCCCCACUCCUCAGGGCUGCUUCGGCCUCUCCAGCAGCCCACUGUGAAAAGCCAGGAGGGGCGGCAGAGAGGUUCGAUCCCCGCUGCCCAGAGAUGCCCCCCCAUCCUUGGCUUGGUCUGCAUUUUCUGCCAUGCAAUCAAGGCAUACCAUGCCCAAGGAUGGAUUUUAUUUUUUAAGAAUGGUAUAUAUAAAUAAUAAAUUAUAUAUAGAUAUAUAUAGUCUAUAAAUAUCACUGCCUAAGCACAAAUUGGCACCUGCCUCCUCCUGAGUUUCCAUUUGGAUACUGUUUGGGGCAAUCCCAGACCCACAGGCCCUGCACAAGAGUGUGUGUGUGUGGGGGGGGGGGAGCAGAAUCUGUGUCUCUGCACGCUGCACACUCCCCUCCAGGGUCCCGCCCUGCCCUUCGGAAGUGAGCGUGGGUGCGACUCAAGGGGGAAAUUGUUCUUGCACAGCUUCUGGGGAAUCAGGGUUCCUUCCUUCCUUAUUUCCUUCCUCCUUCCCUCCUUCCUUCCUACCCUCCUUCCCCUGAGCAAGCCUGUAACCAUGGAGAUGCCAGCCAGCCUGUCUGCUUUGGAGCACUCACUGUCCUGAGAGAUGUUCCUGUCCUGCAAAUAAAGCACAGAUCUCUGCUGUUA